GGAGGUGUAGUCCCGCCGAGGCGGCCGCUGUCAUCGCUGCCGCCGAAUCCUGAGGUUGGGGAGGCUGUCCGAGGCUGGGACGGGGCCGGCGCUGCGGUCCCCGCGGCGCGGGAUGAGCUCUGCCGCGGCCAAGCCAAUACUUUAUAGCUAUUUCCGAAGUUCCUGCUCUUGGAGAGUGAGAAUUGCACUGGCUCUGAAAGGGAUUGCCUGUGACGUGGUACCAGUGAACCUCCUGAAAGAUGGAGGGCAGCAGUUUUCUGCUGAAUUCAAGGCCAUUAAUCCAAUGCAGCAAGUCCCAGCCUUGAAAAUUGAUGGCAUCACCCUUUCUCAGUCGCUAGCUAUAAUUCAUUACCUGGAAGACACCCGUCCUAACCCCAGGCUCCUGCCUCAAGAUCCAAAGAAGAGAGCCCAAGUCAGAAUGAUUGCAGAUCACAUUGUUUCUGGCAUUCAGCCACUCCAGAACCUGAGCAUCCUGAAACAAAUGGGGGAGAAAAAAAUGGAAUGGGCUCAGAACUGCAUCACAUCUGGCUUCCAAGCACUGGAGCAGAUUCUGCAGCACACUUCUGGGCGCUACUGUGUGGGGGACGAAGUUUCUAUGGCUGAUUUGUGCUUGGUGCCUCAAGUUGCCAAUGCUGAAAGAUUCAAAGUGAACAUGGGUCCAUAUCCCACAAUAAGCAGAAUAAACAAAGCUCUCCUGGAGUUAGAGGCAUUUAAAGUAAGCCACCCAUCCCGGCAGCCAGAUACUCCUCCAGAGCUGCAGGCCUGAAGCCAUCCUACUCAUUAAAUCAAGUAAGCUGGAGUGUCAAAGAGGACAAAAGCUACAGACUGAGUAGGGCUUCAGUGCCAACAAGAAGCCCUAGUUCUUUUGUCUCACUUUCAUGUGGAUGGGAAGAAGGGCAGAGGACCUGGAAGCAGCCUGGAUGACUUAAAGGAGCUAUGCCUAUGAUGGAAACCUUGCAGCCACUUCUGUCUAUGUGUUUUAUUUUCCUAUUCAAUGUAUCUCCAUGAAGCGGAUUAAAGCAGAAGCAUCCAUACUUAUCAGAAA